ACUUCUUAAUGAAACACAUACAUCUGUGGGUCAUGGAGGUAGAAACCGUAUGGAGUAUGAAUUGAACUUGAAAUAUAAAAAUAUAACAAGGGAGACUAUAAUGAUAUUUUUAAAUUUAUGUGACCACUGUCAAAAAAAAGGCAGUACAGUUAAAAAAGGUUUAGUUGUAAAACCUAUACUUUCAUCAGAAUUGAACUCUCGCUGUCAAGUGGAUUUAAUAGAAAUGCAAGCUCAGCCUGAUGGCGAUUACAAGUUCAUAAUGGUCUAUCAAGAUCACCUUACGAAGUUCGUAAUUCUUAGACCGUUAACUCAUAAACGGGCUGAAGAAGUAGCCUACGUGUUAAUUGAUAUUUUUACAACAUUUGGAGCCCCGGCAAUUUUGCAAAGUGAUAAUGGAAGGGAAUUCGCCAAUAAAGUUAUUAUUGAGUUGUGUAGUAUGUGGGAAGAACUUAAGAUUGUCCACGGAAAGCCUAGACACUCACAAAGUCAAGGGUCUGUUGAAAGGGCCAACCAAGAUAUUCAGAAUAUUCUCGCAACAUGGUUAGCCGAUAAUAAUUCCAGAAAGUGGAGCGAAGGUCUUAAAUUUGUUCAAUUUAUGAAGAAUCGGAGUUUUCACCAUGGUACAAAACGUUCGCCAUACGAAGCCAUGUUCGGAACACAUGCUAAAGUUGGCCUAAAAUCAACCCAAAUUCCAACCGAUUUAAUUUCUACUUUAAAAUCAGAGGAAGAUUUUAGUUUUUUUUAUAUAAUAUUCAAUAUUUAAUCUACUGUGCCCAAAUCUAAUUGGGCACUGUAUACAAUGCUCGGGCAACGUUAACUUAUUCCGACUUUGCCCUUGAAAAUCGGGCAUUGUGCACAAUGCCCGACUUUCUACUUUGCCCGUAACAUAUAUACUACUUAUAUGUUAUAACAUGGUCAUGA